AUAUAUAGCCUCAUCUCAUGACACACACCUUUAACCAUUAAUUCCUCUUCCACACCUUUAAGCAAAAAAAUUCAUAAACAUGAAACCCACGGUAACAUUUCUUUGGCUCCUAAUCACAACACUUGUCUUUCAUGUUCUUAGAUCAAUAUUUCAAAUCACCCUCUCUUGGCCACUAAUAAUUAAUACUCUCUUUAUCUCUACCAUCCUCUCUAUUUCCCUAAUUAAUUACUGGCUUGUCCCUGGAGGCUUUGCAUGGAGGAACUAUAACCAAAGCAUAAAACUCAUUGGGCCCAUGGGCUGGCCCAUAGUGGGAACUUUACCUCAAAUGGGUUCUUUGGCUCACGUAAAACUCGCUUCAUUAGCCACUUCUUUGAAAGCGAAGAGGCUAAUGAUGCUGAGUCUAGGAGCCACACGCGUAGUUAUAAGUAGCCACCCUGAAACUGCAAGAGAAAUUUUAUUUGGAUCAUCUUUUUCUGACCGUCCGAUCAAAGAAUCAGCUCGUUUACUUAUGUUCGAGCGUGCCAUUGGUUUCGCUCCUUCCGGAACCUAUUGGAAAAAACUAAGAAGGAUUGCAGCCUUUAAUAUGUUCUCUCCUAGGAGAAUUCUCGGCUUAGAGAGUCUUAGACGACGCGUGGUGGAUGAAAUGGCGGUGAGAGUUUGGAAAGACAUGGAGGAGAAAGGGAUUGUUGAAGUUAGAGGGAUAUUGCAAGAAGGGUCUUUUAGCAAUAUUUUGGAGAGUGUAUUUGGUUCCAUUAGCAAUUUUAAUUGUUUGAGUUUAGGAGGAAGUGAAGAGUUGGGGAAUAUGGUUAAGGAAGGGUAUGAGUUAAUUGCUAAGUUUAAUUUAGAAGAUUAUUUUCCUUUUAAAUUUUUGGAUUUUUAUGGUGUGAAGAGAAAGUGUCAUAAAUUGGCGACUAAGGUCACUAGUGUUGUUGGUCAAAUGGUGGAAGAAAGAAAAAGAUCUCAAGAGUUGCUAAUUGUGGAAAAUGAUUUUCUUAGCACUCUGUUAUCUUUACCCAAAGAGGAAAGGUUAGGUGAUUCCGAUAUGGUGGCUAUUUUGUGGGAAAUGAUAUUUAGAGGAACAGAUACAGUUGCUAUACUCUUGGAAUGGAUCAUGGCAAGAAUGGUUUUACACCAAGACAUACAAAUGAAAGCCCGCCAAGAGAUUGACACGUGCAUUGGCCCAAACAGUCACGUGCAAGACUCAGACAUUCCUAAUCUCCCUUACUUGCAAGCGAUAGUAAAGGAAGUGCUCCGGCUACACCCACCAGGCCCGUUAUUAUCAUGGGCCCGUCUUGCUGUCCAUGAUAUCCAUGUAGAUAAAACCCUAGUGCCAGCUGGCACAACUGCAAUGGUAAAUAUGUGGGCUAUAUCUCAUGACUCUUCUGUAUGGGAAGAUCCCUUGACUUUUAAGCCGGAGCGAUUUCUAAAAGAAGAUGUUUCUAUUAUGGGCUCAGAUUUGAGACUUGCACCUUUCGGUGCAGGUCGCAGGGUUUGCCCAGGAAGGGCUUUGGGUUUAGCUACGGUUCAUCUUUGGCUCGCACAACUUCUUCACAAUUUUGUGUGGCUUCCGAUACAACCUAUUGAUCUUUCAGAAAGUCUUAAGCUUUCUCUUGAAAUGAAGAAUCCUCUGCGAUGUUCAGUAGUUCGUCGUAAUCCUAUGAAUCCAAUCAUUUAAAAUAAGCAAUCAAGAUUCGUCAUCAAUAUGUUGAUAUAUCAUGUUUAUUAUUAAAAAUAAUGUCUUAUCUCCUUUUCUUUUUUUAUCUUUGAUAUUCCCUUAAAAGUUUAGUGCAAUAUUUGGUGAUGAGUUUUAGUACAAUAAAGAAACUUGUCCCUUAUUUCACAAUUUUAAAAGGGUAUAUAUAUAUUGAAGAAAAAAUAAGUAUUGUGAGUUUAUUAACGAAAUUACGGCUCUUUCAAAUUGUAAAAUAUAAACUGUUGUAAUCUUAAUUUUAAUGUAAUGAAGUUGCUUGUGAUA